CUGCUGCUCGCGAUAGAGAAGGUUAAUGCUGACUCAAAGAGUUAUAACGGCUGGACGCCACUGUGGGCCGCUGCUGCGAACGGGCACGAGGGCCUACUGCUCGCGAGAGAAAAGGUUAAUGCCGACUCAAAGGAUAAUGAAUAUGGUCAGAUGGCGCUAUUAUGGGCUGCUAUAAACGGGCACGAAGGUAUUAUUAAGCUAUUACUCGCCACAGAGAAGGUUAACGUGAAAUCGAAGGAUAGUCGUGGUCGGAUACCGCUAUUAUACGUUACUAGGAACGAGUACGGCGGUAUUAUUAAGCUUCUGCUCGUAAUAGAGAAGGUUAACGUGGACUCGAAGUAUAAUACUAGUCGGACGCCGCUAUUAUAUGCUACUAAGAGUGGAAAUAAUACUAAUAUUAAACUCUUACUUAGUAUAAACCGAGUUAAUAUUAAUUUAGUAAACUAUUAUAACUCGAUACUAUUAUUUAUUAUAGCAAGAACAGGAUAUAAAGAAAAGCUAGCGCUUCUCUUAUUCCAAAGUAAUGCCUUAAAUAUCCCAGAUAAUUUCGGUCGGACUCUUUUAUAG